CGACAGUCUACAGAGGGCACGUCGUACAUGCUGUUUGCCCUGGCCAUGAUGGGCAACGGGACUUACGGGCUCAGUGUCAUUGUGGUUCUACCAGCUCUGGCCGGCUCCAAACAGGCCUUCAUUCUCAAACAUCUGGCCUGGCUCAUCGGCAGCCUGGGAGUCCUCCUCCUAGACUUCUUUGUCACCGCACAGUUCAUCAUCUAUAGGAAGAACCACUCCGCUAAAACCAGCAAGAAGAUGAACGUUCCUGAAGUAGAACCUCUGCUCUGUGAAGAGGAGGAGCUGUCCACAUUCUAGAAAACACAUGAUUGAAGUUCUAGAGUGAGAAUACAUGAUUGAAGUUCUAGAGUGAGAAUACAUGAUUGAAAUUCUAGAGUGAGAACAGUAAGAGAUUUCCAGAAAUCGUCUCCAUAAUGCUGAGUGGAGACCUAGAAUAAUCCAACAAAUGUGAUAGUACACCAAUGUUCCCUCCAUUUAAAUCCAGGUGAA